GUUCUGCGGUUUGGAAUAUACGAGAAGGUUCAUCGUAGUACUUCGACAUCGAAAAUCUGUUUUCACCGAAAGAUUCAGUUUGCCUUUCACUCCAGUUGUAAAGACUACAAUGUAUGGUAGUUAUAUGUGGUUCAGACUAACACCUUUAUCUUCUUAUCUUGCGCAUGUCUCUACGGACCAACCUCCCCCUAGUUUGUCUGAGUCAUGCCUCACGGACAUAUUUCACUGCAACCUUUCGGCCUAUGUGCUGCGGCUGCAUUCGCGGUGACCACCACGCAAGGGUUUGUCCCGCCCAUUACCCCAGCGACAAGCCAUGCAGGCUCUUGUGUGUGUUUUUCUGCACCUUCUCCAUCUGUGUCGAUUGCCCCUACGCCGCCUACAAACCCAGCAGAGGCCAGUCCAAUCGACGCGCAUGAGCUGCGCGGGGUCCUUAAAGAUGCACUGUAUCGCAGCCUAGGGAACGAAGCGACGACAUCUUCAAGAGCGGGAAAUUAUGACGCUAUGGAGCACGUUUUGGCCUGCCCGCUGACAUUGAAGCCCCUACGGCGAGUGGUCCGCCUCGCCGGCCCGUUUGGUCAAGUGGUGAACAUGGUCACAACUCGCGGCAACAAAUAUCCUGCGAACGAGGUGUACAUGGAUCUUGUUCCCGUAGAAGAACGAAUGCAAGUGCCUUUCUUUUCUCCCUCGGCCAUUGUCACCCAAGAGUUGUUUCGUUCCCCUCUCACAUCCUUCCUGUACGAGCGAGGAUGGCGGGACAACUUCAAGACCGCGGGCUUUCCUGGCAUCGACGAGGAAUUCAGAGACCUGGAGGCUUUUUUCGCCCCGCUAUCCGAUGCGGGAUCUGAAUCCGAGCGUGAGGGUGAGCAGCAGCGAAGGAGUGGUCGGGGGACUGUGAUCGAUCUGAGUUGUGGGAGCGGCCUUAUGGCCCGGCGCCUGUGCCGGUCGCGGAAAUGGAAACGGGUCAUCGCGGCAGAUUUCAGCGAGUCCAUGCUGCGAGAGACUCGGCGACGUUUCCUGGAAGAGAAGUUACCAGUGCCGGAGCUGGUGCGAGCGGACGCGUCCCGACAACCGUUUCAGACGUCGAGUGUUGAUGCCAUCCACGCGGGUGCGGCCUUGCAUUGCUGGCCUCGGUUGGAAGAAAGCCUGCGGGAAUGCCUCCGGGUACUCAAACCAGGUGGGAGGAUGUACGCGUCAACGUUUGAAGUGAAUGAACGGCUUCAGAGUAAUACGUUUCGGUUUUUCCAGUUGGAUGAGUUGCGGCGCUUGUUUGUGUCGAGUGGAUUUGUGGAGGUUGAGGUCAGGAGGGAGGGGGUGGCUUGUUUAAUAGUGAAGGCUGUGAAAGCCAUGGACAGCGGAGGAAGGCAGUAGCAGCUACAAAGAAAUAAUGUUGUCUGACUA